AUGACCACACCCACGACCUCAGAUUCAGCCGACGGCGCAGGCGCCGAUUAUGCGGUGCAGACCGACGACAACAUCACACUGCUGGCCAGCAAGAUAAUCCGCGACGUGCUGGUGACCCGCGACGAGCCCAUUCGUCGAGCCCAGUUGUGGCAGGCGGUAGAACUGGCCAUGGGGGACCGUUCCCCGGAUGUUGAUGGAGUGCUGAAGCGGGACUGGUUCAGCAACCAGGACACCGGUCCAGGCCGGUGGAAGCUGACCGAUGACGCCGAUGCGCAGGUUUCGCCUUUCGUUGAUCCAUCCGGAGCGGUGGAUCUGGCCUCCGUGGUCGAGUACAUGCGCGUCUGUCGCCAGGGUGAAGCGCCCUACAUCGGGGACCUGGGUGACUUUAUCAAGAUCUGCCAACCCGGCGCGGAGCUGGACGCCGGGUGGCUGCGGUCCGGCGGUCGGGCCGUGGGCGGGUGA